AUGCUCGAAGUCACCGCUACGGGAAUUACAUCUCUGAAGUAUAAACACCAGUGGUUUGAGACCAGUAUCACAAUAACAUCCAUUCUUGUCAAUGGCGACUUUACUACUCGAGGUGGGUUGCUCGAGGGAAAAGCGCAGUUGGACGGAAGCGACAUCGUGGACAGCUUCUUGACUAUCACAGAGUAA